UAUAAAAUAUAAAAUAAAAUUUGGAGAAAGCAACACAAAAAAUACAAAAAAGGAAAUACCUGUUCGUUCCAGUUAGGCAGGCAUAGGUUUCAUCAACUUCUCCUUCUCCGCCAUGGCUUUCACCAAUGCUUUUCUAGUUCCUUCAUUCUCCCUCCACACCACCAACUUUUCCGAUCCGUUCUCCAUUCUUCCACCAUCUUUUUCCUUCCACUUCCGCUCCUCCUCCUCCUCUUCCUCCUCCAGGACCAACAACAACAACAAGAAUAUUAUAUAUGCUUCUUCGUAUGACUUGAAUGCAGUAGAUUCAGCUUCACCGAUAUCCAGUAAAAAUCUUGAUAGUGUUCCAAUGCCAAUAGUUCUGAUAGAUCAAGACUCGGAUUCUGAAGCAACAAUUGUUCAGCUUAGCUUUGGUGAUCGCCUUGGAGCUCUUCUUGACACGAUGAAAGCAUUGAAAGAUUUAGGAUUGGAUGUUUCAAAGGGAACUGUCUCCACGGAGGGGCCAGUGAAACUAACGAAAUUCUUUAUUACAGAAUCAGACACUGGGCGCAAAGUCGAAGAUCCGGAUAUGUUAGAGAGAAUUCGACUUACCAUUAUCAACAAUUUGUUGCAGUAUCAUCCUGAGUCUGGUGAACAACUAGCCCUGGGUGAAGUGUUUGGACUAAAGGCUCCAAAUAAGAAGCUUGGUAUUGAAAUUGCAACUCAUAUUCAAGUUAAGGAAGAUGGGCCCAAGAGGAGCUUGCUGUACAUCGAGACAGCAGAUAGGCCGGGAUUGCUAGUUGAAAUCAUUAAAGUUAUUGCCGAUGUGAACAUCGAUGUUGAGUCGGCCGAGAUUGAUACAGAAGGUUUGAUUGCUAAGGAUACAUUUCAUGUCAGUUAUGGUGGGGCUGCAUUAAACAGAUCAAUGUCUCAGGUUUUGGUGAACUGUCUGCGUUACUACCUUCGGAUGCCAGAAACAGAUAUUGAUAGUUACUGAGGAUACCACAUUUACUUGUAUAAUAUCAAAUUCAAAUGUAACAGUUCUUGUACCAAAUUGUAAGUGAGCUCCAUAUUAUUAUGACCUAAGAAGCAUACAUCUCACUUUUAAAUCUGGCAGCUUCAUUGCUACCAGAUUAUGGAAUGAAAACAUGUUGAAAUGAAUGUAUCUGUCUGAAUUUGAAAUUAUUUAUGGGGGAGAAUAUUACAAUUAUA